AUGGCUUCACAUUUUCUUUUUCUUCCCUCCCAGACAGCUUUUAUUGCACAUAUAACUGCAUCAACGUUGCCAAACCUUUAUAGACAUGAGGAUGAAAAGUUUUUUCUGAAUGCCGAAGAUAAGAAGGAACCUGUGCCAAACCUCCAUGAUCUUCCAACACAUGAACUUUCCAUAGUUGUGCCUUCGUAUAAUGAGGAAAAACGGUUGCCAUCAAUGAUGGAUGAAGCUUUAAACUAUCUGGAAAAGAGACAGAAACAAGAUCCUGCAUUCACAUAUGAGAUCAUUGUGGUUGAUGAUGGCAGCAGAGAUCACACCACAAAGGUAUAGUAUAUAAUUGCAUUCUACAGAUUGUGUGCGCAUUGUCAGUUAUAUUUCUGUUUCUUUUAAGAAAAGGCACCUAAUUCAUGUUUUGAAGCAGGUUACUGAUAAGAUAGGAAGCACAGAAAAUU